AUGGCAUCUACCUCACCCUACGCAAACGAUCACGCGAGCCCUAAUGGGCCUCAUGAUGCUCGGCCAACCGCGCUCAAGAUUAUCCGGGACGAGGGUCUGGACGGAAAGCUCACUGGCAAGGUAUUCCUCAUCACUGGCUGCACGUCAGGCGUUGGCGUUGAGAUUGCCAGGGCGAUUCAUGCGACGGGGGCCGACGUGUAUAUCACAGGACGUCAGGCGGAUAAAGGCAAGCAAGUGAUCGAUAAGAUCUUGUCAGAUGGGAAACCAGGCAAGGUUGUCUAUCUGGACAUGGCCCUCGACUCCAUUUCGAAGGUCAAGCAAGCGGCAGCCAACUUUCUGGAUCUAUGCAAGAUACUGAACGUCCUUAUAUGCAAUGCUGGUGUUGCCCUCGUACCUCAAGGUACGACGCAGGAUGGCUUCGAGACGCACUUUGGUGUCAACUAUCUUGCCCAUUUUUCCCUCUUUCAAGAAUUGCGUGACACUCUGCUGGCAUCAGCAACGCCUGAGUUCUCAUCACGAGUAGUGAUGCUGUCAUCCAUGGUUCACUCAGCGAGCACCUUCAAGUUUGACGAUUACAAUUUCCAGCGCACUCCCUAUCACACUUACGUAGCCUAUGGCUCCUCGAAGACCGCUACCACAUGGAUGGCCAAUGAAAUCGAGAGACGUUAUGGAUCCCAGGGCUUACAUGCUACUUCCGUGCACCCCGGAGCUGUGUUGACCGAGAAGCUCAGCGCUCAGGUAGACGAAGCCCAAGGAAUGAUGCAGAACCCGGCGAUUGCUUUGUAUAUGAAAAGCAUAGCACAAGGUGCAGCAACCCCAGUGUGGGCUGCUGUGGGCAAAGAAUGGGAAACGAAAGGUGGGCGUUAUCUGGCAGAGAUGAUAGAACAGGGGCCUCUGAGGGGAUCAGAGUCGGACUUGAUUCAACACGGGUAUGCGCCUCAUGCUUAUGACAAGGAAGGGGAGGAGCGGCUGUGGGAUCUGGGGCUUCAGCUUUGUAGCACAGCUGAGAAGUAA